UUUCGAUAUUUCUUUGCACAUUUUAGGGAAUACUCUAUAUGUGUUCUCUUUGUCGUCGUCUUUGUUAUUCUUUUCAUGUUCUCCAUUCUCUCUCCGAGGAUUGUUGACCGGCACAUAGAGCACAUAGGAUGUGAGAGAAAGGAUAUUGCGUUCUGGUAUUACGGGAUAACGCUCUGAUCCAGGGUCCUCUCCCAGCCCGUCUGUGACCUAUGGAACCAGGAGGCUAAUGUUGACAGCUAGCGGCUGUUGUUUAAGAUACAUGCUAAUGUUAGCCAACUUCCCCUGCACUGUGGCUAGUUGAGGUGUUAGUUCAGCCAAGAUUUGCCCGCUUAGACACUUUUCCGGAUUGCAAAAUGAAUGCCAACUGACCACCAGCCGGCGUGCUGUCGAAGAUAGUGAGCCGUCUACUCAACACAGUGAGCAUGGAGCCGUGGGAGAGGACCGACACCCGGGCAGCACCCAUCUCCCUCACUAGUCCCUACGUCACCAAUCCGAGGACCAGUCCGUUGUUUAUGAGCCCGGGACAGAAGUCUGACAGGACUGAGGGAGGGACUGAGGGGAGAGGAGGGAGGCCAGGCAGGAAUGGGCCCAGCAACCCUGGGGACCGACGGAACAGGAACGAUGCUGACAGAUGGACUCGUGACCGACGGACGGGCGACACUGGGGACCGACGGACCAACGACGAAGGCCCCCUGCCGCACAGCGCCUCGUCUAGAUGGGAUCCACAAACCAAGAGAACGAGGCACCCAAGUGAACCCCAGUUUAAGGACCGAAGGUUUGGCCAGAGAUCCCCGGACGGAGCAGCAAGAGCUCCGAGGGGCCCCAGGUCCGCCCCCGGCCCUGCACGGAGCCACGGGGGCCCUCCGCGCACAGAGCCGCCCGUCAGGGGCCCUCCCCACGGGGGCCGGCCCCACGCCAGCCGGGUCACCUUCGAGGUCAAGAUGGCCGAUUUCCCUGAGCUGGCCGCCGCAACGCCAGGAACCUCUGCCCCGCCCGCCCCGAGCUGGGGCCAGAAGCCUCUCACCCAGGGGCCCCCCUCCCAGGGGCCCCCCUCCCAGGGGCCCCCCUCCCAGGGGCCCCCCUCCCAGGGUCCCCACACCCGGGGGCCCCACACCCAGGGGCCUCACACCCAGGGGCCUCACACCCAGGGGCCUCACACCCAGGGUCCCGGGUCUUCUAACAAGACACAGUCCGUUAACGAGAGGCCGGCAGGAAGUCCAGGCCCACGCAGACACGCCCGUGAUGUCAGACCUGUGUCAGCGUCUCGCUCCCCUGACGGGGGAAGGCUCCAUGCUGUGAAACCAGGCCCUGUGAAGGCCUCCUCGGGGGGCCUGGAGAGACCGGCCUCUGCCUCCACCUCCUCGGGGGGCCUGGAGAGACCGGCCUCUGCCUCCACCUCCUGGGCCAAUGUGGCCUCCCAGCCUCCGAGGAAACCCGCCCCGAGAGAGGACCCCUUCACUGCCGCCCAGGUACCCACCCAGGAGGAGCAGGAGGACGGCUCGUCGGAGAGGAAGAAGAGGAAGAGGAAGAAGAAGCCCCCCCGGACCUCGGAGGAGGAGCCUGAGGAGCCGACGCCCCUCCAGGAGCCGCCCAAGUUUGAGGACGAGGAGGAGUUCCCAGACCUGGGCCGUCCCUCGGCUGGAGCCUCCAGACCAACGGCCAGCAGCACCACGGCCCCCCCGGGGACUCAGAAAACUGAGAAGGCCUCUGGGAAGAAGAGCAAGGUUCCUCUGCAGCUGGACAUCGGCACCAUGCUGGAGGUGCUGGAGAGGAAGCAGCAAUCCCAGAAGUCCAAACACGAUGCCAAGCCUCUCUACAUGUCAGUGGGAGGAGCCUGUCCCGUGAGUCUGAAGCAGCCAUUGGUCCAGAAGAAGGGGGCGUGGCAGCAGGACAAGUUUGCGCACAACCCCCUCGACUCGACGGUGGUGGUGAAGAAGGGCAAGCAGAGGGAGGUGCCCAAGGCCAAGAAACCCACCCAGCUGAAGAGGGUGAUCCUAAAGGAGCGAGAGGAGAGGAAGCAGAACCGGCUGCUCCAGGAGAGGGUGGUGGACCCCAACCAGGACCCCAGACCGGACCAGGACAGGGCUGUGGACCCCCACCAGGACCCCAGGCCGGACCAGGACAGGGCUGUGGACCCUCACCAGGACCCCAGGCCGGACCAGGACAGGGCUGUGGACCCCCACCAGGACCCCAGGCCGGAUGAACCCUCAGCCGGAGAGCAGGCCCUGAGCGGGGACACGGGGGAGGAGCCAGCGGACCAGAGACACCUGGCCGACUCAGACGCUGAGGAAGAGCGAGAGGAGGAGGAGCAGCAGCAGGAGGAGGAGGAGGAGGAGGAGGUGGAGGAGGUGGAGGAGGUGGAGGAGGUGGAGGAGGAGGAGGAGCCUGAGGGACAGCCAGAGGAGCCGGCCACUGUGGAGCCCCUCCCCCCCCCCACCCCCCACAACCCGCCCAAAAUCCACAGCAGGAAGUUCAGAGACUACUGCAGCCAGGUCCUGAGUAAGGAGGUGGAUGAGUGUGUGAGUGCACUGCUACGCGAGCUGGUGCGUUUCCAGGACCGGCUCUACCAGAAGGACCCCAUGAAGGCGCGCAUGAAGAAGCGUCUGGUCAUGGGUCUGCGCGAGGUCCUCAAGCACCUGCGGCUCGGCAAGGUCAAGUGUGUCGUCAUCUCGCCCAACUGUGAGAGGAGCCAGUCCAAAGGUGGUCUGGACGAGGCGCUCCACACCAUCAUAGAGACGUGCCGGCAGCGGGCCGUGCCCUUCGUGUUCGCCCUCUCCAGGAAGGCCCUGGGCCGCUGUGUCAACAAGGCCGUGCCCGUCAGCCUGGUGGGCAUCUUCAACUACGACGGGGCGCAGGACUUCUACCAUAAGAUGAUCGAGCUGUCCUCAGAGGCCAGGAAGGCGUACGAGGAGGUGCUGGAGCGCGUGGAGCUGGGGGGGCCGCCGGAGGAGGAGGGGGUGGAGGAGGACCCAGGACAGCAGCGCCUCCGCCCUGGUGCCCCCCCUCCCCCCCCGGCCCGGGUGGAGGAGGUGGAGGAGAAGGAGGAGCCAGAGUACAUUAAGCUGUGGAGGAAGAUGCUGGAGAAUGAUUGCAGUCACCCAUUCCUGAACUUUGAGGAGCAGCUGGGCUCGCUGCGUCUGGACGGAGAAGAACCGCGGGAGCGAGCUGAGCAGAGCUGACCCUGAGCCACACCCCCCCCCGCCCCCUUCCCCUUCCCCGUGCCUGGUGGUAUAGAGACCACGGCGUCCUGAUGGCGUCCUGAUGGCGUCCUUCUGGGCGUGGCCGAGGAGCCCCCCAGCCCCUGAGCGUCGCCGCCCCCCUCUGAGAGACGCUACUGCUGAGGGUCUCAGUGUCAGACGAUGAAACGUGAAUCAAACAUGACCUGUUUAAUCAGAUGAUGAUAUAUUUUAUAUAUAAAUAUAUAUACACACCGGGAUCGUAAUCACACAGUUUAAUCCUAUCAGCACCAAACCGACAACGUUUUGUAGUUGGACGUCAGCUGGGACCAAACGGUGACAAAGCUCUGGAGUUAAUCUCUCUGGGUCCCGCGUGGACCAGGGCCGCCACGGAACGCCGCGACCCAACGCCGCGACCCACGCCGCCACGGAACGCCUCGCCAAUCAUGGGAAUGCGCCGUUACCGAGAAAAUGUGAUUUAUCAGAGAACGAGUGAUAAUGGUGGCCUUCAACACACACACUCAAACACACACAUACACACACACACUGACACAGUCAGAGCUCUACAUUCUGAUCUCUAGGGAGAAAUGAUAACUUUCUGGUAGACCGUGGUCUCUUUUCUUUCAGUCGUUCUUAUCCAAUCAUGUUCCACGGGGCUUCUGUUUUCUGGAUACGGCUGAAUGCUCAACCAAUCAGCACCCAUUAAGUUUAGCACUGCAAAUAGCUUUCCAAUUGCUCCCAACGACCACCUUGACUACCUAACCACUGAGCUUUCACCUUAUGAUUGUAUGAUGAUUUUUAGAGACUGUUUUUUUCCUGGUUGAUUUACUUUGUGAUUUUGUUUUCUGCAACUCUGAAUAUGUGCAUUAAAGGUGUAAUGUGCAGGGU